CAAAACGCUCCAAAGACCAUUCAGUAGUCGAAUCUUCAGCACGCCUAGUGAAAGCCUGGAAAAACUUGUCUCCUGUUUCUAUUCAAAAAGUAUAUUUAUUUGCCUUUGCCAUCACAGUAGUCAGAGUCAGUCAGUAGGGUAAAAAAGGAUAUUCAAUUUUUGAAACAAAAGAAGACAAAGAAGAAGAAAAAAACGUGCUCCUUUAAGAUUUUCUAUACCAAAAUCAAGGAUUACCUCAAGUGUGUAAACAAAAAAUCGUCCUUUUUCAUCCUUGACAAGAGUUUUAAACGCGAGUGUGUGUGUUAAAAUUCAUUUCCACCCCGCCCGAAUUUUGAAUAAAUUUUCUCAAACAAAAUAAAAAUAAAAAAAAAAGAUCCUUUGACAUAUCCUUGCUUUGAAAAAAAAAAAAACCCAAACCACGUGAAUUUUUUUCCUCCUUCUCUCCUCUUGCAUAUUUGUGUGUCAGUCAGUGUUCUAGCCGGCUAGCACUUUAGAAUAGAAUAUAAAAAAGAAAAAAAUAUAUAAAAUAAAUAAGUGACGACGGUGUGUGUAGUUGUUGCUGUUGUUAUUGUAGUUUGAAGGAUUCUAUCAAUCAAGGACUUUUCUUUGCUUCUUUAAGAGAAAAAACAAAAAAAAAAAAUCCAUACAUCAUGAUCAUUGGAUUAGUAAGGGAUUCGGUCAUGCAGUGCUUCUGCCAUACGUGCCGAGCACCCAUUCUACCAGCUGUAUCAAGGAGAUCAGCACCAAUUAAGAAGGCAACCAAAAUUCGCUCCAAACAACCAAGAGCAUCGAAGAAAGUUAAAUUUAUCACUACUGAAAUUCGUUGCCAGGAAAAAUCCAAAGGUGGCUUAAGCUAUGAAGUUAUUUUAGCUGAACCAGCACCCAAUGUUGCACUGCCAAAACGUCCAGUUACACCAGGCAGGAGUGUUUCGGUUGAGGAAAUCGAAAAAAAAUUAAAGGAGGCCGAGGAAAGACGUAUUUCCCUCGAGGCUAAGAAAAUGGCUGAGAUUUCCAACAAAUUGGCCAAAAUUGAAGAAGCCACUCGCAAGAAGGACGAACUUAAUAAUGAAUUUAUUACUCAGACCAAAGAACAACUUGAGACCAAGAUGGAACAGCAUGUUGAAAAACGCGAGGCCAUUAUUAGCGAUUUGAAGGAGAAAUUGAAGAUUCAUUCUCAAGAAAUCGAAAAGACCCGCACUACAUUGGAACAGCAAAAAUCUAUUGAAAAGGAAGCUAUUGAAGAGAAACUUAAAACUGCUCAAUCUCUUCGUGAUGAAAAUAUCAAGAAGAUGCUUGAGCGUCUAAAGGAACAUAACACUGUCAAAAUUGCCGAAAUCAAAAAUCAAAUCGAUCAAUUGGAAACGCAGAAGAUUGAGGAGAAGGCCCGCAUUAUUGAAAAUAAAUUAUUCACAGCGGAACAAAAUCGCGAAAAGGAGAUCCAAAAGAAAAUCGAGACUGUUCGAAAGCUUGAACGCCGCGCUGAGUUGGUGCGUCAAAACAAGGCCGCUCAACAACCAACCAAUGAAGAGGAGAACUUUUGCGAAUCUGCUGCUGUAACAGCAUCAUCUGGUUAAAUUGAAAGAAGUCAAGAAAAAAAAAAUUCAUAACAAUAAAAAAAAAUUAUUUCCAAAAGCAUCACAACACAACAGUAAAGUCAUAUUUAAUUGAUUUCUCAACAGAACAAAAAAAAAAUAAUAUACCAUACAAUAUUAAAUAUUAUUAAA